CUCCAAGCUCCCCCCAGGACGGUGAGGGUUUACAGAAGGAAGAAGAGUUUUGGGUUCACCCUGAGAGGCCAUGCCCCUGUCUGCAUCGACUCUGUCAUCCCAGGUAAGUGAUGACGCACUGCUGAUUAGACUUCUCUAUGUAGUGUGUUGUAUAACACUGUAUUGUCCUGGGGGAAACCUCCCCCGACAGUUUUUUUUCUUCUUGUCAAGACCAGUAUGUAGGGGAUGUAGUUUCAGGCAUUUCUUCUACGCCUGCUACGUUAGGUUAGUCUUUUGUUGUUGUUUUUUGUUUGUUUAAGGGGCCGUCUGAGGCGAUAAGCGGACUGUUCAGGGAUUCUAACAGAGAUUGAGAUGAGGAUGAAUGCAUGGAUGGAUGUGGACGUUGCUGUGUGUGGUGAUGGAGAGAUGUUCUGCUGUAGAGGUCAGGUUGUACCAGAGUGUUAUAAUAGGGGGGUUUACCGGAUGUUCCUCAUUGUCGGAGCUGAAGAGGGGGGAGGAGUGAGUGUGUAUGUGUGUGUGGAUGAUGCCUUUCGCCCACUCCAGAUCUGAGCAGAGGCCAGCAGUAAGUUAGUCACUGACUCAGUGGGCUAGGCCUUAUGAGGACUGCUGCUGUGGGUGGAUGAGAUGAGAUCUUGACGUAUAGGCAGGCGUCCACACAGGCAUCCAUAAGAACACACUGUCUCAUGUCAGAGAGCCUGCGUGGCCCUGUGGUACAGUACACCUACUUAACAUGGAUAAUAUUAUGCUUCAUUGGUUCCCAAAGGGCUACUACCAGCAUAACCCAAUACAUCAGACAAAACAUGGUACAUAAAAACAACAGCAGUCAAAUACCACAUACUGAUUUGAUUAAUGGUGCUAAUAUAAAUGUUGUGUUUUGCAUAUCAUUAUGGGUUAUGUGUCUUCUCUCCUUUUCUCUCUGACUGUCAUCCCCCUGUCUCUCUGAAUCUCAUCCCCCUGUCUCUCUGACUCUCAUCCCCCUGUCUCUCUGACUGUCAUCCCCCUGUCUCUCUGACUCUCAUCCCCCUGUCUCUCUGACUCUCAUCCCCCUGUCUCUCUUACUCUCAUCCCCCUGUCUCUCUGACUCUCAUCCCCCUGUCUCUCUGACUCUCAUCCCCCUGUCUAUCUGACUCUCAUCUCCCUGUCUCUCUGACUCUCAUCCCCCUGUCUCUCUGACUCUCAUCCCCCUGUCUCUCUGACUCUCAUCCCCCUGUCUCUCUGACUCUCACCCCCCUGUCUCUCUUACUCUCAUCCCCCUGUAUAUCUGACUCUCAUCCCCCUGUCUCUCUGACUCUCAUCCCCCUGUCUCUCUGACUCUCAUCCCCCUGUCUGUCUGACUCUCAUCUCCCUGUCUCUCUGAAUCUCAUCACCCUGUCUCUCUGACUCUCAUCCCCCUGUCUCUCUGACUCUCAUCCCCCUGUCUCUCUGACUCUCAUCCCCCUGUCUCUCUGACUCUCAUCCCCCUGUCUCUCUGACUCUCAUCCCCCUGUCUCUCUGACUCUCAUCCCCUGUCUCUCUGACUCUCAUCUCCCUGUCUCUCUGACUCUCAUCCCCCUGUCUCUCUGACUCUCAUCCCCCUGUCUCUCUGACUCUCAUCCCCUUCUCUGACUCUCCCCCCUGUCUCUCUGACUCUCAUCCCCUGUCUCUCUGACUCUCAUCUCCCUGUCUCUCUGACUCUCAUCCCCCUGUCUCUCUGACUCUCAUCCCCCUGUCUCUCUUACUCUCAUCCCCCUGUCUCUCUGACUCUCAUCCUCCUGUCUCUCUGACUCUCAUCCCCCUGUCUCUCUGACUCUCAUCUCCCUGUCUCUCUGACUCUCAUCUCCCUGUCUCUCUGACUCUCAUCUUCCUGUCUCUCUGACUCUCAUCCCCCUGUCUCUCUGACUCUCAUCUCCCUGUCUCUCUGACUCUCAUCCCCCUGUCUCUCUGACUCUCAUCUUCCUGUCUCUCUGACUCUCAUCCCCCUGUCUCUCUUCAGACAGCCCAGCUGAAGACUGUGGUCUCAAACCAGGAGACCGCAUCCUUUUCCUCAACGGGCUGGACAUGAGGUACACAAACCUUUUAUAACUUUACCUUAUGAUGCACACAGGACAGUGAGCCAACCUGAUGAGUUUCAAGUUUUAAUGUCACGUGCACAAGUACAGUGAAAUGCCUUUCUUGCAUUAACCCCAACAAUGCAGUAAUCAUAACAAUGUAAAACUAAAAAUAACAAGGUAGAACUAAAAUACACGAGAUAUAAGAAAUAAGAAGAACACGACAAAGUAAGAAGCUACUGUAUAUACAGGGUCAGUUCCAGUACCAUAUUAACAAUGUGUAGGGAUACUGGAGUGAUAGAGGUAGAUAUGUAUAGGGGUAAGGUGACUAUGUACAGGGUCAGUUCCAGUACCAUAUUAACAAUGUGUAGGGAUACUGGAGUGAUGGAGGUAGAUACAGUUGAAGUCGGAAGUUUACAUACACCUUAGCCAAAUACAUUUAAUCUCAGUUUUUCACAAUUCCUGACAUUUAAUACUAGUAAAGAUUCCCUGUCUUAGGUCAGUUAGGAUCACCACUUUAUUUUAAGAAUGUGAAAUGUGAAAUGUCAGAAUAAUAGUAGAGAGAAUGUUUUAUUUCAGCUUUUAUUUCUUUCAUCAAAUUCCCAGUGGGUCAGAAGUUUACAUACACUCAAUUAGUAUUUGGUAGCAUUGCCUUUAAAUUGUUUAACUUGGGUCAAACGUUUCGGGUAGCCUUCCACAAGCUUCCCACAAUAAAUUGGGUACAUUUUGGCCCAUUCCUCCUGACAGAGCUGAUGUAACUGAGUCAGAUUUGUAGGCCUCCUUGCUCGCACACACUUUUUCAGUUCUGCCCACACAUUUUCUAUAGGAUUGAGGUCAGGGCUUUGUGAUGGCCACUCUAAUACCUUGACUUUGUUGUCCUUAAGCCAUUUUACCACAACUUUGGAAGUAUGCUUGGGGUCAUUGUCCAUUUGGAAGACCCAUUUGCAACCAACCUUUAACUUCCUGACUGAUGUCUUGAGAUUUUACUUCAAUAUAUCCCACAUCAUUUUCCUUCCUCAUGAUGCCAUCUAUUUUGUGAAGUGCACCAGUCCCUCCUGCAGCAAAGCACCCCCACAGCAUGAUGCUGCCACCCCCGUGCUUUGGGAUGGUGUUCUUCGGCUUGCAAGCUACCCCCUUAUUCCUCCAAACAUAACAAUGGUCAUUAUGGCCAAACAGUUCUAUUUUUGUUUCAUAAGACCAGAGGACAUUUCUCAAAAAAGUAAGAUCUUUGUCCCCAUGUGCAGUUGCAAACCGUAGUCUGUAUUUUUUAUGGCGGUUUUGGAGCAGUUGCUUCUUUCUUGCUGAGCGGCCUUUCAGGUUUGGUCUAUAUAGGACUCGUUUUACUGUGGAUAUAGAUACUUUUGUACCUGUUUCCUCCAGCAUCUUCACAAGGUCCUUUGCUGUUGUUCUGGGAUUGAUUUGCACUUUUCACACCAAAGUACGUUCAUCUCUAGGAGACAGAACACGUCUCCUUCCUGAGCGGUACGACGGCUGCGUGGUCCCAUGGUGUUUAUACUUGCGUUUAUACUUGUGUACUAUACUUGCGAACGUGGUACCUUCAGGCAUUUGGAAAUUGCUCCCAAGGAUGAACCAGAGUUGUGGAGGUCCCCCAAAAAAUGUCUGAGGUCUUGGCUGAUUUCUUUUGAUUUUCCCAUGAUGUCAAGCAAAGAGGCACUGAGUUUGAAGGUAGGCCUUGAAAUACAUCCACAGGUACACCUCCAAUUGACUCAAAUUAUGUUAAUUAGCCUAUCAGAAGCUUCUAAAGCCAUGACAUCAUUUUCUGGAAUUUUCCAAGCUGUUUAAAGGCACAGUCAACUUAGUGUAUGUAAACUUCUGACCCACUGGAAUUGUGAUACAGUGAAUUAUAAGUGAAAGAAUCUGUCUGUAAACAAUUGUUGGAAAAAUGACUUGUGUCAUGCACAAAGUAGAUGUCCUAACCGACUUGCCAAAACUAUAGUUUGUUAACAAGACAUUUGUGGAGUGGUUGAAAAACAAGCUUUAAUGACUCCAACCUAAGUGUAUGUAAACUUCCGACUUCAACUGUAUGUAUGUCACGAUGGUUUAUAGACUGGACGGACCAAGGCGCAGCGUGAUAAGCAUACAUGUUUAUUAAACGAAUAAACACACAACAAAAACAACAACCGAAACGUGAAGUCCAAGGUAGCACACAAACAUACCAUAACACGGAACAAGAUCCCACAAAUAACAGGUGCCAAAAGGCUGCCUAAGUAUGGUCCCCAAUCAGAGACAACGAGCUACAGCUGCCUCUGAUUGGGAACCACCCCGGCCAACAUAGAUCUACACAUUCUAGAUCUAAACAUAGAAAACAAUAUAGCAAACACAACACAGAAAAUACACACCCUGACUCAACAAAUACAAGUCCUCAGAGUCAGGGCGUGACAAUGUAUAGGUAAGGUGACUAUAUACAGGGUCAGUUCCAGUACCAUAUUAACAAUGUGCAGGGAUACUGGAGUGAUAGAGGUAGAUAUGUAUAGGGUUAAGGUGACUAUAUACAGGGUCAGUUCCAGUACCAUAUUUACAAUGUGCAGGGAGUGAUAGAUGUAGAUAUGUAUAGGGGUAAGGUGACUAGGCAUCAGGAUAUAUGAUAUGUAAACUGGUGUGUGUCUGUGCGCACACACAUGCAUGGAUGUGUGUGUGGAAUGGUAUUUGAGAAAAAGAUUUUAGGAAGUCCUUUCACACGCUUUAAAGGUACGUAUUAUUCCAUUUUAUUCUGAACAUGAAGUGUAGGAGUGAACACAGCCUGGGUGGAAUCACAUUUCACCGCCCAUAGCACAAUAUCACCCAGAGUAUUACCCACAAAUACUUCAUUAUACCACCCUAGUAACCAUGUAAACUAGGGGUUACAUGGUGAGUAGUAGAGCGCACUACUGAAUACUGUAGUUAGUAACUCUCUAUACCUUUCAGCGCCUGUAGGAGCUGGUCCUAUGACAACAUACUUGCCGAUUGUAGUAGUGACAGUGACUGUGUGUGUCUCUUCAGGAACUGUUCCCAUGAGAAGGUGGUGUCCAUGCUGCAGGGCAGUGGGGCCAUGCCCACCCUGGUGGUGGAAGACGGACCCUCUGGUUACUCCCACUCUGACCAGGGGGACGAGGAAGACUCUUCCCCAGGCCUUGCCCUUGCUGUGGCCCCCAGGUCCCGCUCCCGCUCCCCGGUCCCCCUCAGCUCCCUGCAGUGGGUGGCUGAGAUCCUACCCCCCAGCAUCAGGGUCCAUGGUCGCACCUUUAGCCAGCAGCUGGAUCAUCUCCUGACGGUGCAGGAGAGAUACACCAUCUGCAAGGCCCUGGAGACCUUCUUCCAACACAGGUGGGGGAGAGGGAGGGGAGAAGGGGGACGGUUGGUAUUGGAGGAUAGAAAGGGAGUAAGAGAGAGAGAGAGAGAGAGAGAGAGAGAGAGAGAGAGAGAGAGAGAGAGAGAGAGAGAGAGAGAGAGAGAGAGAGAGAGAGAGAGAGAGAGAGAGAGAGAGAGAGAGAGAGAGAGAGAGAGACCUUUUAUCUCUUCAAAUGUCAGGAAUGAUUAUAUAUUUGUUUGAAAUGCAUCACACAUCAAGGGUAAAGAUUACAUUAAUUGUAUUUGUACCUACCCUAGAAGGGAAUUACAGAAAUGUCUUUACAUAAUCUGACAUUUCCCUACCAAAUAACACACCUACCCUUCAAUAAUCUGCUUUAAUCCUAAUAUGGUUCAUUUCAUCUCAUUACAUGAACUAAAUGUAAAUUAUAUCAUUAUAUAAAUUUUAUUUUAUAUAAUGGUAAACUUGUCUAAUCUAAAGCAAUACAUGUUAUUUUACAGAGUACAGAAUCAAAGAGUCACCAAGACAAAUUCCCUAUCAACAUUACUGAAUAGCAAUAAACCUUUUCGAAAGUAUGAUUUUCUUUUGAUACUUUUAUUUUAGCAUGUUUGGGAAAGUAAACUCGCACACAUUAACGUGCUGCCAGGUGCAUGGAGAAAAAAGUAUUCUUAAUAAGAAAAAGAAGAAAAACUCCAGCACCCUGGUAGGAGUUGAGUUGUACCUCAGAGAAUGACUUGUACCUCCCUGUAAAAUACCCUGAUGAAAUGUUGGUUAAAAGAUCCAUUCAGUUAUUGGAAGCAUCAAGAUUACCAUUAGUUAAUUAUAACUAUUAAUUAUAUUAUUUAACACAUUAUUAGUGCUUUAGUUUUUCUUCUUUUUAUUGUAGCAUGUUUUAAAACACUUUUAUUUUAGCAACAAAAAAUAUUUCGAUUCUUUGUCUGAGAUGUUCAGAGUUUCUAAAAUGGCGGCUCUGCCCUUGUAUAUAUAUGUUCAGGAACGUGGACACCCUGAUUGUUGAUGUAUUCCCGGUGUUGGACACUCCAGCCAAGCAGGUGAUCUGGCAGUUCAUCUACCAGCUGUUGACCUACGAGGAGCAGGAACACUGUCAGAGCAAGAUCUCACGCUUCCUUGGCUUUAAGACUGCAGGUGGGUUAGCUAGCCAUUAGUCACAUCUCUCUGCCUGCUUGGGUUGGGAAGACUGCAGGUGGGUUAGCUAGCCAUUAGUCACAUCUCUCUGCCUGCUUGGGAUGGGAAGACUGCAGGUGGGUUAGCUAGCCAUUAGUCACAUCUCUCUGCCUGCUUGGGUUGGGAAGACUGCAGGUGGGUUAGCUAGCCAUUAGUCACAUCUCUCUGCCUGCUUGGGAUGGGAAGACUGCAGGUGGGUUAGCUAGCCAUUAGUCACAUCUCUCUGCCUGCUUGGGAUGGGAAGACUGCAGGUGGGUUAGCUAGCCAUUAGUCACAUCUCUCUGCCUGCUUGGGUUGGGAAGACUGCAGGUGGGUUAGCUAGCCAUUAGUCACAUCUCUCUGCCUGCUUGGGAUGGGAAGACUGCAGGUGGGUUAGCUAGCCAUUAGUCACAUCUCUCUGCCUGCUUGGGAUGGGAAGACUGCAGGUGGGUUAGCUAGCCAUUAGUCACAUCUCUCUGCCUGCUUGGGUUGGGUCUGUUGGGGGUGAGUGAGUUGAGUUACAGGAGGGGUCUCUGUCUGGUUAUGCCCUCAACGGUUUAGAUUUGUAUAAUUGUUUGUCUUCUCUUCCAUAGUGGGUGAUGCUUUUCUUCUUGAGAGACAAGGCUUGGCAGAGACAGCUAGAUAUUACCAUGACAAGAACUGACGACUAGAGGAUAUAUUUAUUGUUCAGUGGGUGUGUGGGAUAUUCUUAAAUAUUUCCUCUUGUCAUUCUAAUUCUUCUCUCUCUCUGUGUGUGCGUGUGUGUGUAUGUGCACAUGUGUGUAUGUGUGUGUGCAGCGGCUGCAGAGCCAGUGCCAGGUGCAGGACAGGAGCACCACAGGAGGAGCAGCUCAGUCCGUGUGUCAGGAACCUCCUACAGAGACACCGUACGGGAGAGGAGCUCUGACGACUGUAUCAUCAGAACACACCUGGGAAUGGGUACGAAUGUGAUCAGCUCAACAACUAUUUAUCCUUAUCCUUGAUUGGAAGGGUUUCCUCUCAACCAAUCAUUCCAGGGCUGAGGGUUCACCUGCUGCUGUUAACAGAGAACAUACACUGACCAUACAAAACAUUAGGAACACCUGCUCUUUCCAUGACAUAGACUGGCCAGGUGAAUCCAGGUGAAAUCUAUGAUCCCUUAUUGAUGUCACCUGUUAAAUCCACUUCAAUCAGUGUAGAUGAAGGGGAGGAGACAGGUUAAAGAAGGAUUUUUAAGCCUUGAGACAAAAUAUUUAAGUGCCUUUGAACGGGGUAUGGUAGUAGGUGCCAGGCGCACCAGUUUGUGUCAAGAACUGCAACGCUGCUGGGUUUUUCACGCUCAACAGUUUCCAGUGUGUAUUAAGAAUGGCCCACCACACAAAGAAUAUCCAGACAACUUGACACAACUGUGGGAAGCAUUGGAGUCAACAUGGGCCAGCUUUCGACACCUUGUAGAGUCCAUACCCAAACUAAUUGAGGCUGUUCUGAGGGCAAAAGGGGAGGGUGCAACUCAAUAUUAGGAAGGUGUUCCUAAUGUUUGGUAUACCCAGUGUAUAUCCAAGCCUAGUAUUGCAUUAAGCCUAUCUAUACUCUCAUAGGGCCAAAUCUUAACUUGAGAAAUGCAUACAGUAACUUGGGAUUUAGCAUAAACCGUACAUUGACACCAAUGGGAGAUUUGUGCAGAAAUUCAUGUUACGGUGUGUACUGUGUAGCGCACAGUAGAUCUCAAGUUAGGAUCCAGACCACAGUGACUGGACUACAGUCUCUGUUGCUUCUCCGUGCUGUUAACUACAUUAUCCUGCUGUCUCCCCUCCUCUCUGGGUUCGAGAGGAGGUGGAUGCUCAUGACUGCUUGUCCCUGUCCUUCAUGUGGACGCAGGGAUUCAUGUGGAUGCACCAGGGAGUGGGAGUGGGACACCCGGAGAGAGACAGUGUGGAGACGGCACCUCCUUCCCAGAGUCCCCUGACCUGAAUCACGUGGGUAUAAAACUGCAACACAAUGCUCAGACAUGCAGAGCCAGCGGUGCUAAUUAUGUGUGUACACCAGAGCCGGCUAUUUAUAAAGAUAACUACUUACCAGGCAAUGCUUUUACCAGUGCUUUUGGAAACACUUUAUCUGGACGUCUGCUCAUGAACAGUCUGAAAACAUUAUUAUAUGGUUAUGCUAACGUUUAAAGCAAGACAAAUAUGAGGCAUGUUGUUUAGGAUUUUUACUCAAGGUCAAUAAUGGUUAACAAACUAUCUAGUUAUGAUUCAUAAAGAGUUUAUAAGCAGACCUUGUGAUAAAGCGUUCCCAGUGCUUUGUGCUAACGGCCUGCUCACACCUACGACCCCUAGAUGUCAGGAGUGUACACGGAGCUGGAGAGUGUGUACACAGGGAAGAGUGCCGUGAAGGCCAUGCAGCAGAGUCACAGUCGCUGCUCUCCAUUGACCCUGCCUGACCGAGCCGAGCUGGGACAGACUGACGCCUAUGGCCAGUCUCCAGCUCGCUCCUCUCUCAGUCAAGGUAGCACAGGUAACACAGACAUACACACACACACACACACAGACACACACACACACUGUUGACACGGCAACCACUUGAAGCCAAAGGUCAGUAAAUUGUAAAGGUUACAAUAACAUUGUCAUAAACGUUGUCACUCAUACUCACUUCAAGGAUGCCAAAUAAGAUGAUUUAAGAUGGAACCCAUGUGGUUUAAAGAGACUUCUUUAGAGUAAAUGGAACCGACAGCUGCCACGUGGGUCAAGUUUUAUUUCAACCAAAUAAACCGCUGAGUCACAAAGUCCUCUGUUAGACACCUUUUAAAUAAUGGAGGGUUUCUUCUCCCCCCAACAGGGAACCGUAAAUCAGGUCUGUCUCUGACAUGGAAGGAGCCUCUGCCUGACCCUCUGUACGAGUUCUACCACGAGGGAACCAUCCCCUCUCCGGGUAGCGCUGACUCCAACCCCUACGUGAGCCUAGAGAGCCCACCUCUAUCCCCCCAGAACUCUGACGACCCCACCAGCCCCCUGUCCAGACGCAGGAAGCUUUUCACCUUCUCCAGACCCCCCCGGAGCAGGGACACUGACAAGUUUCUGGACGCUCUGAGCGAACAGCUGGGACACCGUGUCACUCUGGUGGAAGACUUCCUCCCAGGAGAGAAUGACUAUGAGGAGGUGAGAGACGGAGACAGUACAUGAAGAGAUAGUCACUAUGAGGAGGUGAGAGACGGAGACAGUACAUAAAGAGAUAGUCACUAUGAGGAGGUGAUAGACGGAUACAGUACAUGAAGGGAUAGUCACCAUGAGGAGGUGAGAGAGCCAGAGCCAGGUCAGAUCUGAAGACUGGAGGUGUGGCUUAGUAGGGGCAUAGCUUUCAAAUAGGUUUUUAAAGUUAUUUUUGGCUUUCAAAUAGUAAAUAUAAUGAUACUGUUGUACAGUAUUGUCAUCACAUGUUAAGGUUGAGCACUGAGACUUUUGUAGCUUUAAUGAGUUUUACACAAGAGUAUGAGUUUCUCAAGUGCCUAUAAGCAUAUCCCAAUGUAGGGAGAGUUACCACUUUGCUAUAAUAUUUAAAUAAUAAUGUUAUUACAUUUAAAUUAAAAUAUCUAUUUAGCAAAAAUAUUGAAGGAACAUUUUAAUUUGCAGUGUACAAACUUAACAUGAUGAACAGGAACAACAUUUACUAUCACGGGUGGCCAAAAAUACCUAUCUGAAAGCCAUGCCACCAAUAGGCCACGCCUACUGAAAAUAUCCUGAUUACCCAAAUAUGACCCAAUGUGUGUUCUGUCCACUAUUUACCCAGCGCUGGGUUGUUUUUAACGCAGCAUUUUUUUGAGUACCAGAUCAAAUUCAUUGAGUGCAGAAACAGUCAUGUCCAACAAGUUAUUAAAUUAUCUACAGUACAGUAUAAGAAAUCUGAUCUUUACUAACAUGAUACAGACAGUACAGUAAAUGUAGUUGUUAUUGCAUCAACAGAUAUUUAUGGGGUUGGUUUCCAUGGUUUCUGAAGAAAAGCAGUGCACGUGAAUAGGAAAUGAUUACAUACAUUAUCGAUGUACAAUGAAGGUUAAUUAUAAGGUGUGUCUGAAGACUGGUUACAAGAUGUAAAUCAGAUUACAUGGUGUGUCUGAUUAGGUGUGAGACUGAUGAUUAUCUGCUGUGUCCAGAUGAGUUUCCAGGAUGAGCAGGAGGUGAGCUACCUCCCCCGCCAGCUGAGCAGUGCCAGCAGUGAGGACAUCAGCAGCAACGAUGACGCCACCUCCCUCACCUACUCCUCCGGGUCAGAACACAUCCCCAUCCCCCCGCCCCCGCAGAGCGCCCCGCCGCCCCCGCCCUUCCCCACCCCCUUACCCCCACCACCCUUCAGCUUCUCCGACCCCCUCCCCAUUACCCCUGUCCUCUCCCACUUCUCCCCCGAACACAUCCCCAGGGCGCGCAUGUCCUUUCAGCCGCAGCACCCCAUCAUCCCCCCUCCCCCGCCUCCUCCACGGGCCUUCACGUACAACAGGCCGAUCCUACACAAGGUGCUGCCUACCAGAGAUGAGCUACAGGGCUGUGUCCACCACCAGGCUCCUCAGAUGACUCUCCCCCUGGGCCAUCGCUACUCUCCACAGCCCUCUCGCCCCAGGAACCUGCCCCGUCAGGCCAGCCAGCCUCAGCCCCUGACCCAGCCCAUCCUGUGUCCCCAGCUCUCCCCUCAGCCCAACAGGCAAAGCCAGCUUGCCCUCCAGAGACACCACCAGCUUCACCACCAGCCCUACCAGCCCCAGCCCCAGCUUCACCACAGCCUGCCCCCCCAGGCCCCUCACCUGUCCCAGCCCCAGAGUCACCCUCCCCAGCCCCCUCAAUCACAGACCUACGAGACCCCCACCUCAGUGUCAGAGCUCCAGAAACACAAGGUCCCCCCACCGCCCCCUCCACCCCUGCCGCCCCCCUGUGACCCGCCUCCGCUGCCCAAUUCCAGUCCCUGUGCUGGGGACACCAACCACAUGAGUGUGAGGAGACUGCGCUGGGAGCAGGUGGAGAACUCUGAGGGAACCAUCUGGGGACAGGCAUGUGUCGAGUCUAUUGUACUAACCCUGAACCUGGAAUCAGUACUGUUUGUUGUUGUUGUUGUGUUAAGAAAUGUAUUGACAGGUGAGAUACUUUGUCUGCUUUAGCUUGGAGAGGACCCCGACUAUGACAAACUGAGUGACAUGGUGAAGUAUCUCGAUCUAGAGUUGCACUUUGGUACCCAACGGAGUUCCAGUAAGUUCUUUAUUAUGACCUCUUCAUCAAACAUCUCAUCUCAUAGUCAUAUCAUAUAGUGUAUUCAUAUCACUGGUUCUGUUGAUAACAUUUUUUAAUAUUGUCCUUCUACCCUCAUAGUCAGAUAUAUUUAUUUAUUGAUGUAUUUAUUUGACCUUUAUUUAACAGGGAGUCCCAUUGAGACAAGGGAACCCUGCUAUACUGUAUAUUGCAAUAUAAUGAUUUUAUUUCAUAGCUGUGGAAAAGUACAUUGCUUUCAUUAAUUCAACAUGGCUUGUUUUGUGUUUCAUGGUGUCAGUGUAUUGCUGAUAUUCCAUGUUGUUGUUAUGCGUUUACAGUUCACCAAGUUGUCCAAUGGAGUCUACUAAGCGCGUCUAUUCACCUGCUCAUCAAAUGCAUUCUCCAUAAGGCACCACCUACCAUCCCUCUCUUCUCUCAUUACCCAUCCACCUUUAGUGCCUGUUAGUGUUUCCAACCCUGGUGCCUGGAGAGCAGCAUCCUUACACUGUGAUUAAAUGUGUCAGUCUCUCUUCCAGAGCCAGCCUUCCUGCCCGAGAGCUUUAAAAAGAAAGACGUGGUGGAGAUUCUGUCUCAUAAGAAAGCCUACAACACCUGUGAGUAUGACCAUGACCUUGGCCCCCAGGGAUCUGAACCAUGACCAUGGCCUUGACCCCCAGGGAUCAGAACCAUGACCAUGGCCUUGGCCCCCAGGGAUCUGAACCAUGAUCAUGACCUUGGCCCCCAGGGAUCUGAACCAUGACCAUGGCCUUGACCCCCAGGGAUCUGAACCAUGAUCAUGACCUUGGCCCCCAGGGAUCGGAACCAUGAUCAUGACCUUGGCCCCCAGGGAUCUGAACCAUGAUCAUGACCUUGGCCCCCAGGGAUCUGAACCAUGACCAUGGCCUUGACCCCCAGGGAUCUGAACCAUGAUCAUGACCUUGGCCCCCAGGGAUCUGAACCAUGACCAUGGCCUUGGCCCCCAGGGAUCUGAACCAUGAUCAUGACCUUGGCCCCCAGGGAUCUGAACCAUGACCAUGGCCUUGGCCCCCAUGGAUCUGAACCAUGACCAUGGCCUUGGCCCCCAGGGAUCUGAACCAUGACCAUGGCCUUGGCCCCCAGGGAUCUGAACCAUGAUCAUGACCUUGGCCCCCAGGGAUCUGAACCAUGAUCAUGACCUUGGCCCCCAGGGAUCUGAACCAUGACCAUGGCCUUGACCCCCAGGGAUCAGAACCAUGACCAUGGCCUUGGCCGCCAGGGAUCUGAACCAUGACCAUGGCCUUGGCCCCCAGGAACCUUUAUCUCAAUGAUCUGAACAGACCCUCUAGGGCCAGGUGGCUCUGAGAUUCAAACACAGGUUCUCUGAUUUCUACAGAAACAUGUUGUUGUUGUUUAUCAGUUAAGGUCUGUUUUUAUUGUCUAUGACUGUUUUGUGUGGACCCCAGAAAGAGUAUCAGUUGCUAAUGUAACAGCUAAUGGCGUCCAAAUAAACAAAUAAACCUCCUCUCCUCCAUCCCAUCAUUCCACUCCUCCUCUCCCCAGCCAUCCUGAUCGCCCACCUGAAGCUGUCUCCAGGUGAGCUGCGCAAGGUCCUGAUGACUAUGAGCACAGACAGACUGGAGCCGGCCCACAUCAAGCAGCUGCUGCUCUACGCCCCCGAUGACCAGGAAGUCAAACAGUACCAAUGUUUCGACCAGGACUCCGCCAAACUCAGCGACCCUGACCAGUUUGUCAUGCAGGUAACUGAGACGCUGUUGUGUCAAUGUUUCCCAAAUGGUUGGUCGGGAGCCACUGGUGGUUUCAGCCAAUGAUGUCUGUAUUGGCCCAGCCUGUCCCUCUAGGCCAGGGAUCAUCAUCUAGAUUCAUCCACGGACCGAUUCUUUCUUGAGCGGAUGGUUGGUGGGCCGGAACAUAAUUACAAAUAAUUUGUAGACUGCAAAUGAACCGCAAGAAGCCCAAACAGAUAUAAUAUUUGACUAAAACAUUAUAAUUUCAUCACAUGUCCCUCUAUUAUGGAUGGGAAUACUUGGGAACACAUUUCCAGAAAACCAAAUAAAACCACCCAGUUGGGGAACCCUGCUCUAGACUGUGGCUAGAAUGUUUUUAAAAUGUUGUUUAAGUAUUUUACUGUAUAAUCUACACUCUUAGAAAAAAGGGUUCCAAAAGGGUUCUUCGGCUAUCCCCAUAGGAUAACCCUUUUGGUUCCAGGUAGAACCCUUUUCCGUUCCAGGUAUAACCCUUUUGGGUUCCAUGUAGAACCCUCUGUGGAAAGAGUUACAUAGAACCCAAAAUGGUUAUACCUGGAACCAAAAAGGGUUCUUCAAAGGGUUUUCCUAUGGGGACAGCCGAACCCUUUUAGGUUCUAGAUAGCAUCUUUUUUUCUAAGAGUGUAGUACUAGUUUACUACAGUCGUGGUCAAAAGUUUUGAGAAUGACACAAAUACUAAUUUUCACAAAGUCUGCUGCCUCAGUUUUGAUGAUGGCAAUUUGCAUAUACUCCAGAAUGUCAUGAAGAGUGAUCAGAUGAAUUGCAAUUAAUUGCCAAGUCCCUAUUUGCCAUGAAAAUUUACUUAAUCCCCAAAAAACAUUUCCACUGCAUUUCAGCCAUGCCACAAAAGGACCAGCUGCCAUCAUGUCAGUGAUUCUCUUGUUAACACAGGUGAGAGUGUUGACGAGGACAAGGCUGGAGAUCACUCUGUCAUGCUGAUUGAGUUAGAAUAACAGACUGGAAGCUUUAAAAGGAGGGUGGUGCUUGAAAUCAUUGUUCUUCCUCUGUUAACCAUGGUUACCUGCAAGGAAACACGUGCCGUCAUCAUUGCUUUGCACAAAAAGGGCUUCACAGGCAAGGAUAUUGCUGCUAGUAAGAUUGCACCUAAAUCAACCAUUUAUUGGAUCAUCAAGAACUUCAAGGAGAGAGGUUCAAUUGUUGUGAAGAAGGCGUCAGGGCGCCCAAGAAAGUCCAGCAAGCGCCAGGAAGUCUCCUAAAGUUGAUUCAGCUGCGGGAUCGGGGCACCACCAGUGCAGAGCUUGCUCAGGAAUGGCAGCAGGCAGGUGUGAGUGCAUCUGCACGCACAGUGAGGCUUUUGGAGGAUGGCCUGGUGUCAAGAAGGGCAGCAAAGAAGCCACUUCUCUCCAGGAAAAACAUCUGGAACAGACUGAUAUUCUGCAAAAGGUACAGGGAUUGGACUGCUGAGGACUAGGGUAAAGUCAUUUUCUCUGAUGAAUCCCCUUUCUGAUUGUUUGGGGCAUCCGGAAAACACCUUGUCCGGAGAAGACAAGGUGAGCGCUACCAUCAGUCCUGUGUCAUGCCAACAGUAAAGCAUCCUGAUACCAUUCAUGUGUGGGGUUGCUUCUCAGCCAAGGAAGUGGGCUCACUCACAAUUUUGCCUAAGAACACAGCCAUGAAUAAAGAAUGGUACCAACACAUCCUCCGAGAGCAACUUCUCCCAACCAUCCAAGAACAGUUUUGUGACGACCAAUGCCUUUUCCAGCAUGAUGUAGCACCUUGCCAUAAGGCAAAAGUGAUAACUAAGUGGCUUGGGGAACAAAACAUCGACAUUUUGGGUCCAUGGCCAGGAAACUCCCCAGACCUUAAUCCCAUUGAGAACUUGUGGUCGAUCCUCAAGAGGCGGGUGGACAAACAAAAACCCACAAAUUCUGACAAACUCCAAGCAUUGAUUAUGCAAGAAUGGGCUGCCAUCAGUCAGGAUGUGGCCCAGAAGUUAAUUGACAGCAUGCCAGGGCGGAUUGCAGAGGUCUUGAAAAAGCAGGAUCAACACUGCAAAUAUUGACUCUGCAUAAACUUAAUGUAAUUGUCAAUAAAAGCCUUUGCCACUUAUGGAAUGCUUGUAAUUAUACUUCAGUAUACCAUAGUAUCAUCUGACAAAAAUAUCUCAUAACACUGAAGCAGUGAACUUUGUGAAGACCAAUACUUGUGUCAUUCUCAAAACUUUUGACCCCGACUGUACAGUAAUAUGUUACUUUACUAGCAAUAGUGACAGUAUUUUUCAAGUUCAUAAUCUGUGUGUGCCCAGAUGCUGAUGGUCCCUGAGUAUAAGACUCGCCUGCUGAGCCUCCAUUUUAAGACGACCCUGCAGGAGAAGACAGAGGAGAUGAAGGCUGGAUACGAAUGGAUCUACAGGGCCUCGGUAGAACUCAGAAGCAGCAAGAAACUGGCCAAGAUCCUUGAGGUAAUAAAACUAUUGUAACUCGCUCCCUGAGAGUGGAAAACAGUAGCUUAAUGGUUGAGAAAUGGCAAACAGCUCUCUUGUUUAUUUCAUAUUAUUUAUGUUACCCUGCUGUCGUAAUCUAAGGUUAUUAAAGAAGAUGCAUUGUGUGUAAAAUCAUAUAGGAUAAGAUAAUAUGAUACAGACUCCGAGGUAUGGAUAAUGUGGUGAUCACGAUGUGUUACUGGUAAACUGUAUCUAAACCUCUGUUUCUGUCUACAGUUUGUGCUGGCAAUGGGGAAUUACCUGAACAAUGGUCAACCCAAGACAAACAAAACCACUGGCUUUAAGAUCAACUUUCUCACUGAGGUAUGAAUGGAUGUUCAUGCUCUAACUGACUGGGCUUUAGCCCCAUUUGUCUUUUUAGGAUUUGUGUUGUCUUUGCCUUGGUGUUGACCUCUUUCUAAUGCCAAAUUCUAUCUCACCUUCCUUCUUACAGCUCAGCACCACUAAAACAGUGGAUGGUAAAUCCACCUUCCUCCACAUUCUUGCCAAAUCGCUAUGCCAACACUUCCCAGAACUGCUGAACUUUGCCAGGGACCUCACAACCGUGCCACUCGCAGCCAAAGGUACAGUAAGACAACAACACACAAUGCUCUUUACCUGGCUCUGUCCGUCAGCAGAACUCUGAGGUUCACUAGCAGAAUGCAUUAGUUCCAUUUAGUGCAUUUCAAUAUGUACUACAAGUCAUGUCCUUAUCAGGUUCCUGAUAAUCAGUUUCCUGAUAGUUACUUUUCAAUAUUGAGAUAUGCCUUACAGCAGUUAUCUCAUAAGACUGAAAAACUACAGCAUUUAUAAUGAAUGGCAUUGACAUUAGACACUAUGCAUUGGAUUUGUCUCAUAUAAGUCAUACUGCAUGGUUUUCAAUUUAACUUUCUCUGCAGUGAAUCAGGGAUGUGUCUCACAUGAGUCAUACUGCAUGGUUUUCUAUUGAACUUUCUCUGAAGUGAAUCAACGAGUCCUGACAGCUGAGCUGGCUGACCUCCACUCCAUCAUCAAGGACAUCAGGACAGCCUGUCAGAAGAUCCCUGCCACGGCCGAGGAUCACUUCGCUGCCGUCAUGAGUGUAUCCUUCCAUCAACAACAAGAAAGCCCUUCACAACACAUUUCACGCACAUAGUAACACACUGUAGUUAGUAAUUACACUGUAAUAGUCUGCAUUGUUGGGAAUGGGCUCGUAAGUAAGAAUUUCACAGUAAAGUCUACACCUGUUGUAUUCAGCGCAUUGGGAAAAUAAAAUUUGAUUUGAUUUACACUACCAGUCAAAAGUUUGGACACACCUACUCAUUCAAGGGUUUUUCUUUAUUUUUACUAUUUUCUACAUUGUAGAAUAAUAGUGAAGACAUCAAUAACUAUAAAAUAACACAUAUGGAAUCAUGUAGUAACCAAAAAAGUGUUAAACAAAUCAAAAUAUAUUUUAUAUUUUAGAUUAUUCAAAGUAGCCACCCUUUGCCUUGAUGACAGCUUUGCACACUAUUGACAUUCUCUCAACCAGCUUCAUGAGGAAUGCUUUUCCAACAGUCUUGAAGGAGUUCCCACAUAUGCUGAGCACUUGUUGGCUGCUUUUCCUUCACUCUGCGGUCCAACUCAUCCCAAACCAUCUCAAUUGGGUUGAGGUCGGGUGAUUGUGGAGGCCAGGUUAUCUGAUGCAGCACUCCAUCACUCUCCUUCUUGGUCAAAUAGCCCUUACACAGCCUGGAGGUUUGUUUUGGGUCAUUGUCCUGUUGAAAAACAAAUGAUAGUCCCACUAAGCGCAAACCAGAUUGGUAUGGCAUAGCGCUGCAGAAUGCUGUGGUAGCCAUGCUGGUUAAGUGUGCCCUGCAUUCUAAAUAAAUCACUGACAGUGUCACCAGUAAUGCACCCCCACACCAUCACACCUCCUCCUCCAUGCUUCACGUGGAAACCACACAUGCAGAGAUCAUCCGUUCACCUACUCUGCGUCUCACAAAGACACAGCGGUUGGAACCAAAAAUCUCAAAUUUGAGAUGUGUCUGUUACUUUAACUCUGUGAAUCAUUUAUUUGGGCUGCAAUCUGAGGUGCAGUUAACUCUAAUGAACUUAUCCUCUGCAGCAGAGGUAACUUUGGGUCUUCCUUUCCUGUGGGUGUCCUCAUGAGAGCCAGUUUCAUCAUAGCGCUGGAUGGUUUUUGUGACUGCACUUGAAGAAACUGAAAUUUUCCGUAUUGACUGACCUUCAUGUCUUAAAGUAAUGAUGGACUGUCAUUUCUCUUUGCUUAUUUGAGCUGUUCUUGCCAUAAUAUGGACUUGGUCUUUUACCAAUAGGGCUAUCUUCUGUAUACCACCCCUAUCUUGUCACAACACAACUGAUUGGCUCAAACACAUUAAGAAGGAAAGAAAUUCCACAAAUUAACUUUUAACAAGGCACACCUGUUAAUUGAAAUGCAUUCCAGUUGACUACCUCAUUAAGCUGGUUGAGAGAAUACAAAGAGUGUGCAAAGCUGUCAUCAAGGCAAAGGGUGGCUACUUUGAAGAAUCUCAAAUAUAAAAUAUAUUUUGAUUUGUUUAACACUUUUUUGGUUACUACAUGAUUCCAUAUGUGUUAUUUCAUAGUUUUGAUGUCUUCCCUAUUAUUCUACAAUGUAGAAAAUAGUUUAAAAAAUAAAGAAAAAGCCUUGAAUGAGUAGGUGUGUCCAAACUUUUGACUGUAAUUACACCAUAACAGUGGUCAGUAUGUUACUAGUAAGAAUGUGUCACUGUGCUUCGAAUGGUCUGACAGUUGACAGUUUGACCCUUGACCCUGGAGAUAAAGGGCUUCCUGGAGAACAGUCACCCAGCGGUUCAGUCUCUGGACUCUCUGCAGCUGAGAGCCAUGGACGAGUUCACUAAGGUGGCCUCGUACUUUGGAGAGGACAGCAAGGCCACCUCCACUGAGGCCUUCUUCGCCAUUUUCGCUGAGUUUACUUCUAAGUUUGAGGUGAGCCAGUAGCCAUAAUGAUGCCCUUGACAGGUCUCUGACCGUACAAUUUGACAGCAUUCAAAUGCAUCUGUGACUCAUGUACGAUGAUUGGUUCUGUUUUCCAGAGAGCACUGAAUGAGACCCAGGCCACUGAGAACCCCUGCAGCCCCAGAGUGCCCUCUCCCCUGGCCUGG